AUGAGACAAGUAACGAUUGCCAACUUUGUUUCGAUUUAUAUCAACGUCCUAGCCUCUUUUUUAAUCAAGCAACUUAAGGGAGACCAUUCCCAUGUCGUUGAUGUUGUAAACAUGGCUACCACCACACGAGUUCCCAAACAGAAGAAGAAGAAAUCGGGAGGUCAGAAGAAUAUGCACAAACGUAUUGCAGAUGACAUUAAUAGCGAAGAUGAGAAUGAGACGGACAUUGAAAAUCUCAUGACUCCUGAAGACAAAUUGCUGCUGAAAGAUGUUCAUGAUGAUGAAGAGGUCUCCGAUGUGGAAAUUGAUGCCAGUGGAAAUGAUGUUUCUGAAUCUGAGAUUUCCAGUUUUCUACAGAAACUUGGAGUUGAAAAGUACAGACCCCAUCCAGCACCAACACCAGCAGAAAAACAGCAGAGCAAAAAUGUGAAAAAUAAAACCAAUGUAGACACAAAAGUAGAUGCUGAGAUAUUGAAACAGGUGAAGAAAAACAAGAACACAAAACCAGGCACACAAGAUGGGAUUACUGAGCAUAUGAAUGCAAGCAAGAAUGAAGUCAGCAAAGCUAAAUCUGCGGUGAACCCGGUGGAGGUUCAGUCUGUGAUGAAAUUCCUGCAACUACACAAGACCAGAAAGCAUUUACUUUUGAAACCUGGAGAAAUGUGGAGAGAGGAGCAGGCUCAGCAGUUGCCAGGAGGUCCUCCUGAUGAGAAACUGACACAGGAAGCAGAAAAUCUGGCCAAGAGGCUUCUAGAGGAGGAAGUUGCUCUAUAUUCUAAACAGAGAGAGCACAGCAAGCGUUCAGAGGCCAGGUGGUUGAAGACAGUUUUGUCUUCAGGGACACUGUCAGACAAGAUGGCCGCCUUGACACUGCUGAUACAGGAGUCGCCGCUGCACAAUCUGGCCAGUGUGGACUCACUGAUUUCAAUGUCCAGAAAGAAGGGAAGGCGAGAAGCCAUGAUGGCUGUUG